GUUCUUGACAGAGGGCAGGAGGAAAUAGAAUGGCAGACAGUGGUAGUGGCAACGACUUUCUAGGACAAUAUCGAGCAAUUUCGAAUAAAUUGAAGAAGCGAUUUCUUAGAAAACCAAAUGUAACUGAAGCGAGUGACCAGUUUGGAAAACUUGCCCUUCAGUGUGAGCGUGAGGAACUACCACAGUACGCAGGGUUGUGUUGGGUGGCAGCUGCCAGGUGUGAAAGUUCCUUAGGAAAUGGUUCUGGCGAAGCAUGGGACGUAGUUCGUGCGGGAAGACAAUUUUUGACAGCAGAAAUUAGUGCGAAAGACCUAGGUUGUCCAAGUCCUGGAGGUGAACAUGUGCAGGCAGCAAUCAGCUCUUUUUCACAUGCUGCCAGCCGGUGGCAACACCAGCAUACCCAAGACCAGCCACUGGGUGGGACCCACCAGUCCCAGUGUCCACUGGCUGCAGGACUUGCCCUAGAAUUGGGGCAGGCACUGAGGGUAGACUUGGACAGGAUAGCAGAGGCAGCAGCACAGUACAGACAUGCAGCAGAUCUGCAGCAGAACAGCCCCCUUGAGCAGCUGAACAGUUUGGGUCUGUUAGCAACCUGCAAAAUUGAACUAGGUGACUAUGAUGGGGCACUAUCUGUAUUUAAUGAGAUGGUGUCAGUUUUGGAAUAUGCUGGGAAGCCACUCUUAGGUGUUUACUGUGAUAUCAUGCACAGGUGUGAAAUAACACGGGUGCUACUCCUGUUAAUUUUGCAACCUACAGCACAACGCCUGCCUCCAAAUCUAGCCCAAGUGUUAGAGAAGUAUGCCUGGGGUGAGGAUGGAAGUGUGCCAGUGAGCUUCCUGACAGAAGACCAGUUCCUCCUCCUUCAGUCUCUAGUUAUGGCAUGUCAGUCACAUGAUAUGGAAUCUCUGUGCAAUCUUGAAGCUGAACUGUGGUGUCAUUUAACAUCAGAACAAAAAGAUUUACUACGGACUCUUGUCAGAAAAAUGAGCAAUGGAACAAAGUGAAAAGUGCAAUAGUGAAUGCAUGGAGAUAAUACUGAAGCCCUGUUCAACUUUUCCACAUUGAAAAUGUAUGUAGCAUGUAUCUGUAUUUCCUUUCUCUUCAGGAUGUUGUGUCAUAUACACGGCUGGUGCUGAUGCUGACUUAACCUGUAUCUGGUUUCAUAUCAGUUAUGGCCUAAUAACCAAAAUUACUAUAAAUUUUUACACACACACACACACACACACGGGAGGGGGUACACGCGCACGUGUGUGUGAUGAGCCUGUAUUGGAGUUGUGGCUAUAUGUCACAAGCCACUUUUUCACUGGUGCUCUACAUAAAUGAUUAUCUGAGCGCAAAUAUGUGUGUUCAGUAUUUUGCCAGUGUGACAGUACACACAAACAGGAAGAAGGUUCUUCUUUCAAAACGGUGUGUUGAUGCCCGAUUCAAAGCUUUAGGCUAGAUUGAUUAUGGUCUUCUUGGAUCUGACACACUAUAGUUUCAUAGAUAAUUCCCAGUGGGUUGGAGGAACCUCCUGCCUGAAGCCGUUUACUGGCAAUUUGUAAAUGAUAGUAGUGAAUGAGAGAAAUACCAUGUGGCAGGAGAACUUGUGCACAUAACAAAUUUGCAUUUGAAUAACUUUACAAAAUGGUAAAUUUUCUUUGAAAUUUUUGCUGGUUGGAUGGGAAUGGAUCCUUGGGUACUCAAUAACUGUGAGAUUACUGUAAUAUUAUGCACUUUGUGUUGAUGGCAGGAUUAGUAUAUGUUUAUCAUUAGAAGCUUCUAAUCAGUAUGUGUAAAAUUUCCAAUUUAUUUAACAUUUCUUUUCACUUAUUUUCUGAUUUAGAGAACUGUAACAAAAUGGAAUUCAUUAGGAAAUAUAUGUAGCUGAUAAUUUAUUACAUGUAAAUCCUAUAAUUACAUUCAUAUCAAAAAUGUUUAUCUUAACUUGUAGAAGAUGCAAAAUUGGAACACUGCCUCUUACCCUGCAAUGUCUGAAAAUGUGGUCAUUGAACACUGUAGCUCUGUUACUACUUCUGGUGUUACUGUGUCUUCCAAAGCUUCCACAAAGACUUUUGUAUAUAGAGGGUAUCGCGUGGUCAGCGCAACAAAUCUCCAUUGCCGUUAAUUUUGGUUUUCUAGACUGGAGCAACUGUUUCCUUGAAAUAGUUCCUCAGUUAUCCUCACGAGCCUGAAUGGACCCCAUUCCAGACACACUACCCUCUUUCUGAACUGUUGGAAAUAUUAAUGGCAAUAAUUACAUAUCUGAAUGUAUAGGCAAAUCAUUAUGCCAGUCAUUUAGUGCUGAACAAUGUAGUUCAUUUAGAAAAUUAAUGUGAUUCUGGGUGCCUCUUUUAAGUAAUCACGCUUUACAACAUUUAUUUUUUGACUCCAGUGUUUUUUGUUUUACAGACACAUUUAGCAUGAAAAACAAGCAGUAAAUCUUUAUAAAGAAAGCAGACAUUUUAUGAAUACUGCUUUCUCACCAUUAUCUUAAGAACUGAAUAAACAGUUUGAACCGUGUGGAUGUACGUUUUACUCCAGUUAUUUCCACAGUCAAUAAUGUAAAUGCAAGAUACAGGCUUUUUUUUUUUUCACAUGCAGCACAGAAAAAGCAAGCUGUCAGCAAGAUAUCCUCAAGUAUAUUUUACAUUAAGGUAAUAUUAGCUUAGGUUUUCAUAGUUAGGGAUUAAUUUUCAUGGUUUUAUUUUGUGUCCUGUUAGAUAUCAGGUUAGAUUACAUUUGGUUUGGUUAUAUUAGCUUAACUUAACUUAGGAGUGUGGUUAAGUAGGUAUUAAAAAAAAGGUAAAGCUAUCCCUGUAACAGACCAUGGAGGCCAAUAGGGUUAUGAGUUGUCGAUGAUCCCACAUUUUCUAGACAUUCAGCUUACCGAUGGCAGUGAUGUUCUCAGUCUUACGUGCUGGCCACCCUUACCCCUAGGAAGAUUCCUUGUGCUCAUUUCUGUUAGAGGCUGAGUUGACCCCAGGACCAUAAUGUGGCUAGAAGGAUUAGGUCAAUUGAAAAAUUCUGUAAUGAUUAGGUAGUGGCUUUUGAUAAUAGAAUUUUUCUAUGCCUUUGAUUUACAUUUUGGAAAAACAACAAUUAAGAAUUAUUUAGGAAUUGGAAUACACCUGUCCACUCAUUUUUUAUUGGGUUUCUGGAAUUGUCUAUGUAAUGUAGGGAUAAGAUUCAUCUUGUGGGAAAUACAUUGUAGUAUUCCUUUUAGGAUCUUGCUGACAUGUUACUUUUUUCACUUUUGAAGUGGCUAGAAGAGAUCUUGAAUAGUUGAAAUUGUAUUUAAUGUGAAAUUGCUGGAAAUGGAAGAGAAAGUACAUGUUUCUUGAAUUCCAAGUCUGUAGUAAUGGAAUCGAAAAAGUAAUACAGAACUUCUUAACAGACAGGAUCCUGCUAGUCGUAACAUAUUUAAAUCUACAUGUAUAAUUCAUUCCAGUUUUGUGACUGAUUCAGAUCAAAACAGCAAGGCAGUCAUGAUUUCAACCAAUGCAUAGACUCUCACAUUUAGGUGUUAAUAGAAGCCCGUGGUUCUCUUACUAGAUUGUGGAAUUUAUGUAUGAAAUGUGUAUCAAAGAUAAAAAAUAGUUGGCAAGAUGUGAGGUUAGCUGGUAAGAAGCUUUCAUACAUACAGAGGGAAUGUGGCAUGACUUGGGUUUUACUGAAUAGAAGUAUAGAAGUUGGCUGUUAUACCAUCCUAAUUUGAGCACCGCUAUUCACCAUAUGGGAUUUAAGGUUUUCACAGCAGUGAAGAUUUAGAUUAUGGUCUUCUGGCAUAUGACAUGGUGGAAUGUGGUUGGUACUUACUAACAUUUUGCAGGAACCUUGGGAAUUACUUAUUAGACAAUACACAUACAUGUACAACUUUGGAGUUUCUGUCUCAUGAUUUUAUCAGAAGCUCUUAAGGUACAUUGUGUAAAGAAAUUUGCUUAUCCCAAUUGAAAUGUGUUUCUUUUUAGCAUCAGACAUUCUAGUUAAUAAGUUUGCCCAGUUACAUUCACCUUUCUAUUUCAUUUAUGAAGGUAGAAGUUUUACAUUUUCUCUGGAUAACACAACUUUUUGGGUGAGUUCAACCUUAAGUACCUUUCUUAUUCUGUAAUUAUCUGACAUGGUAGAAGAGGAGUGGUAUUGGCUAUAACUGAUUUUAGCAAUUUGUAAAGAUUGGCUUUCUUUAAUUGAAGUAAUUUUGAAAUUGAUAUUGGCGUUCUUCACGGAGAAAGUUAAACACACAAUAAUGAAUAAAACUCCAUGAAAAAGUGGAUACAUGCUUCUACAUUUUCAACAUUUGUAUAUCAUUGUUACCUGAACUCCAAACAAAGGGAUUUUGGAAUGUGAAUAACAUUAUAGAUGUCUUACUUGCUCUAUUUUAUAUGUGCCUAACAGUUUUAAGUUAAAAAUAUUGAAAAUCUGAUUGCAAGGAGUUGUAACACAUUUGGAGUUAUUUGAAGUAUAUGAAAUAGAAAUUCGGCAUCUUAGUGCAGUAUUUUGAAAACUACUAUGCAAUAUAAUUUUCAACCAUUCUGAUGAGUAAUAAGUCUUUUAGAUGUACAGCAUGAAUGCAGAUUGAUUUAACAGAUUGUUUUGAAAAGUAUUCAUAUUUUAAAACAAAAUAACUGCAAAUUUAUUCUAAAAGAUUUGUUGACAAAUAUUUAAAUAGUAUGAAAACUGCUUUCAUACUUAUGCUUCUCCAUUUUGAGCAUUCCAUUUUUAAACUACUACUCUUAAACAUUAAAGGUUUAAUCCUUUAAUGAACGUGUCUUGACAGCACAACUUUAAGACAGCAUAAUGAUUCCAUAACACAAAGCUGGUUGUAAUGUAUCACUGAGCUACAGUAUACUGCCAGUUAUUCAUGCUAAAGAAUGGGAAAAGUUGUGUGAGUAAUGAAAGAACAUAAAUAAUCAGAGAUAUUCAUGGUUGUUUAAUAUAGGAGUUCUGAAAUUA